AGUCUGAACAUGGCAAAGGUUUGACAAUCGAAAAAGAUGAGAAUAAAAAAGUGCGUAGCCGGCGUAGCUCUGAAUCACAACAAGGUGGUAAAGGAGGUGUCCCUGAAGUACUUGAUGAGAAGGAUAAAGUAAAACGUGGCAUGAUGAGCAGCACAAGGAAGGUUUUGAUACUGGCGCAGAGGGGAGACUGGCCGGCCUGCGAUCAAGCUCUCAAAGGAUUGGAGAAAUCUAUUGACCUGGAGAACAAUCAAGCUUAUCCACUGAAAGAUGUUUUUGAUCCGGUGACUGGAAACACCCCUCUCAUGUUUGCUGCUAUGGAGAAUAAGAUCCAAACUCUUGAACGAAUGAUAGAACUUGGGGCUGAUCCUUUAGCUGUAAAUAGAGAACACUAUUCAGCCCUGCAUCUAGCUUCAAUGUACUCUAGAGAAGAAACUAUCAAGGUUUUACUGCUGAAAAAGGCUGACCCAUCUAUACCUGGAGGUCCCCAAGAGCAGAACAGUGUCCACUUGGCAGCUAGUCGUCCAACCUCACAGGCAACAAAUAUACUAAGAAUACUCCUGAGUGCAUCUAUCCUUCAAGGCAGGAAUCUCAAGCUGGUUCCAGACAAGGAGGGAAAUAUUCCUUUAUUCUCUGCAAUAGAAGUUGGAAAUAUCUCAGUAGCCAGAGAACUACUCUCCACAUACACUCAGGAGCAAUUGAAAACUCCUAAAGGGGAUUCCCUGGACUAUGCUGUUCACCUGGCAGCCCGUAAGGGAGACAAUGAUCUCAUUAAAACCUUUAUAGAGAUGGGAGCAGAAGUGGAUAUUCAGAAUGCUGAAGGGCAAACCUGUCUGCAUGUGGCCUGCAGUAAAGGAGAUGAGAAUAUUAUUAGAACCUUAUAUCUCAGCAGGGCUAACCCUUCAGUCGUAGAUAAAGAAGAUAGAACAGCUAUGCAUCUAGCAGCAGAGAAGGGACAUACUUCUACAGUAGAGUUCCUUGCAGAUAAGUUCCGUGCUUCUGUGUUUGAUAGAACCAAGGAUGGAAGUACUCUCAUGCAUAUUGCAGCUUUGAACGGGCAUCCAGAAACUGCAAUGGUUCUGUUCAAGAAAGGAGUCCCCCUGCUGAUGCCCAACAAGAGUGGAGCUCGAGGGAUUCAUACUGCAGCAGCCAAGGGUCACGUUGCUGUUGUUAAUUCUUUGAUAGCAAAGGGAGAAAGUGUGGAUGCGGCAACAAACGAUAACUACACAGCACUGCAUCUAGCAGUAGAAGCAGGAAAAUCAGCUGUUGUUGAAGCUCUUCUUGGACACGGAGCUCAGGUGCAUAUAAAGGGAGGCAAGAUAGGAGAAGCUCCUCUUCAUAUUGCUGCAAGGAUAGAAGAGAAGAGAGGGGAGCAAUGCAGCAGAAUGCUGUUGAAGUCAGGAGCUGAUUGCAAUCUACCAAUGGAGGAUGGUAGAACACCUCUUCAUAUAGCAGCUGAAACAGGCAGUUUGGGAGUUAUACAAAUGUUGCUUGAAAGUGAGGCAGAUAUUUUAAUUCAGGACAAGGAUGGAGAAACAGCACUUCACAAGGCCUGUAAACGUUGCAAUAGUCAAGUAGUUGAGUUGUUAGUUAAUUUCACUGAUAAUCAGCCAACUAUAGAUACAAGGGACUACAUCAACUCUGUCAAUUUCAAGGGUGAGACUGGUCUACACUACAUAUCUCUUCUAACACCCUUUCCUGAUGGAGAUCCCAGAAAGGGAGCAGAUCAGAGAAUAACCGAAAUCCUUAUGAACAAAAAAGCUGAUUCUAUGAUCCAGAACAGUUCCCACAGAGAGAAUGCUUUCCAUUACUGCGGACAGAGUGGAAACUCAGAGGUUGUGAGUGAAAUAAUAAAGCACCUUCACGCUGGUCAAAUUCAACUAGGGGUCAACAAGCAGUCAGGAUCUGGUUGGUCUCCUCUACUAUUGGCAGCUAAGAACGGUCACAUGAACCUGGUCAAGAUAUUCCUGGAUAAUAAUGCCAGAGUUGAUGUAUUUGAUCAGGAAGCCCGAUCUGCCCUCCAUCUAGCGUCCGAAUCUGGAAGUGAAGAGAUUGCUGAGAUGCUGUUGAAUAAAAAUGCGUAUAUAAACAGUAAAACAAAGGCAGGCUGGACCCCCCUCCACUAUGCAGCGGAUAAGGGGUUCUCUAAUAUGAUAAAUACCUACGUCACUAAACAUAAUGCAACCAUUGACAUUCUUAGCAUGAAAAAAAUUUUAGGUGCUGGUGUGGAUACAACAGAUGAAUAUGGCCAGAAACCGAUCCAUCUGGCGGCCCAAUCUGACCAACCAGAAGUAGUGAAACUUUUCCUACAAAAGCAACCAUCACUUGUAACUGCUUCUACAAAGGACGGGAAUACUACAGCCCAUAUUGCUGCUAAGAAAGGAUCUGUCAGAGUACUGGAGGAACUUCUCAAGUUUGAUAAGAAUAUCGUUACAAACAGCAGGAAUAAGAUCACGGACUCUACUCCUCUCCAUAUUGCUACUGAGGGCGGACAUGUUGAUGUUAUUAAACUACUUCUUACACACGGUGCUUCACCGUUGGAUGAAAAUAAGCCUGGGAUGACCCCUGUUCACCUGGCUGCCCGGCACGGUCAUAUUUCUGUAAUCAACGAGUUUGUCAAGGAAAAGGUUAGUUUAAGGAAUCUGAGUAAGAAGACGGGUAUGACAGCUCUACAUAUUGCAGCUUACUACGGGGAAGAAGAUAUUGUCCGUGAGCUAAUGAGACAUGUUCCCCCGUCUGUUAAAUCUGAAAAACCAGCAAACCCUAAUGCAAGCUUAGUCAAAGAGCUUGCUCAGGAAUCUGGACUGACCCCUCUCCACCUAGCGGCGUACUCAGGAAGUGAAAACGUAGUUCGAGGACUUCUCAACUCUCCAGCUGUUCAGGUGGAUUCAGGCAGUAACCCUAGCGGAUAUAUUCCUCUGCAUUUGGCCUGUCUAACAGGACAUGUUGGUGUGGUUGGCCUUUUACUCUCCCGAUCUACUGAACUACUAAAGGUGACUGAUAAUGCGGGAAAGACCUGUCUCCACGUGGCAGCUGCAUCUGGACACUACGAUAUGGUUCAGGUUCUGAUUGGGCAAGGGGCAGAUCUAACUGUCGCUGACAAGGAGGGUUGGACUGCACUCCAUUAUGCAGCUCAAGCUGGAUACCUGGAGGUUGCUAAACUGUUGGUAGAAAGCGGAUCAAACUCUGAGGAUAAAACUAAGAAUGGACGAAUAGCUCUGUGGUAUGCCGCAAGCGAGGGCCAUACUGGUGUUCUUUACUUUCUCAUCAAAGAGAAACAUGAUAGUUACAACUUACUAGAGGAUAGAAGGUUUAUCUUUAACCUGAUGGCGUGUGGGAAGGGGAGCGCCAACAAGCCGAUCGAGGACUUCAUCACGCACUCCCCGGCCCCCGUGGAUCUAGCAGCGAAGAUGUCACAGAUUUAUCACGAGCUGUCCUUCAAGGAGAAAGAGCGAGCCAAGGAUUUGGAUCAAGCAUCACAGUAUUGUGAAAAUCUUUGCAAUGAUUUUGUUUCAAUUGCUUCAAGCAGUGAGUCUGCAGUGGAUAACAAUGUAGACGGAGGAGCCGGAAAUGUUGAAAUAGUUGGUAAACUGCUCCAAGCUACGGAUAGAAGAAAAGUACCGUUCCUUGAUGUUUUGAUAGAGUGCGAUCAGAAAACCGUAGUCUCCAACGCAGCGGUUCAGUCCUACCUGAACGAGCUUUGGCGAGGUGGUUUGACCUGGGUGGGUAGCGGAGUGAAGAUGAUCCUGCUUGUCUCCUUGAUGUUCUUCUGUCCCCCUGUCUGGAUAUUUUUCUCUCUACCAAUAGAUAUCAAGGUAAACAAGGUUCCGUUUAUAAAGUUUUUGUGCCGUUGUGUUUCCCAUGCUUACUGGAUGCUGCUUAUCAUAAUUACAGCCUGUAUUCCUAUUGAUUCAAUUCAAGAACGGAAAUCUCUAAUACCAACUUGGUAUGAGUGGUUUACUCUAGUUUGGUUAUCCGGUCUAUUGCUGGCAGAGCUAACCUCUAUGGGUGAAUCAAGAGCUAGCUUAGCAAAGAUAAGGCCUGUAAUGGUAUUCCUGGGUGUAGUCUCUGUAGGGAUUCAUCUUAUUCUCUUUUUCCUUGAUCCUGCUUACUACAACGUUAUGCUGUUCAUCAGAAAUCAGUUUUUGGCAUUUGCUUUCCUGAUUUCCUGUGUCCUGGUCCUGGAUUUCCUGUCCUUUCAUUAUCUUUUCGGACCAUGGGCUAUCAUCAUUUCAAGCUUGAUUGUUGAUCUGGCGAAGUUUAUGACGGUGUUGAGCUUGUUCUUAAUCGGGUUCACCAUGCUCAUCACAGCACUCAACACACCUUUCUACUCACUUACAGAUGCUGAAGAAGACGUAGAAGAAGUCUCUGCUGGGACUGCUAGCUCUGAUGUCAAGGAAUUCACAGGGUUUAAAGGUGGUCGUAGGGGCGGCCUGGAGUAUGGACCGGAGAUAGAGUUUGUAGGAGAGCAUACAGGAGCAAGAAUGCCUUUGGAGGCAUUCUUACAGCUUUUCCAGUCAAUCUUUGGACUUGGAACAUGGCGUCAGACAAUGAUGACUCCUAAAAACCCUGAAUGGACGAGUUGGUUGUUCCAGGCUGUGUACAUGUUGUACAUGACGGUAACUACAAUAGUUCUGAUCAACCUACUGAUUGCUAUGAUGUCAGACACUUACCAGAGAAUCCAGCAACAAUCAGACAUAGAAUGGAAAUUUGGACUGGCAAAACUGAUCAGAUCAAUGGCUCGAACUGAUUUCUCACCCUCACCCAUCAACCUUGUAACAACCUGGGUUGUUUAUAUAUCCAACAUGAUUAGAUCUGCUAAGAAGAAGAGAGUAUCUCACUACUCCAAGAUGAACAAUGCCCCGAGUGGCCUGAAUGCUUCUGGUUCAUUGAAGACCAGUAAACCGGAUAUAAAUGGAACAGGAUUAAAGGUUCCGUCUGCUCCUGGUCCGUCCUUCGGAUCUACUUCAAGUUUCAGAGAUAAGAGAAUGAUAGAGAACGUGUUGGACUGGAAUGCUAUUGUUAAGAAAUAUUACGCUGUCGUCAAAAAUUCGAAAGAAGAUUAAAGCUGAAGAUAUACACGACAAAGGAGUCUUUGCCACCGCUUAAAUUUUCUAAUCCUUAUAUCUUUGCUACCGGAUGGUGUAAAGCUUUAAAAUUUAAUUUUUUUUUAUCGAAC